GCGCAUGCGCAGAGCAACCCGGAAGCGCCGUAGUUCUGGGUGACGGCUCUCACCGUAGUCAGCGAUUUGUAUUAUUCUGUCUUUAAUUAUGCUCUGGACACGGAUAGACUGAAAGUGAGAUGAUGGCCUGCUGCAGGGGGCUGUGUUCUCGCUCCUCAGCCUACACUCUGGCUCUGGGGCUCUGCUUCGUGACUUUGGGAACCAGUCGGAUCCUCCUGCUCAAGUUCUCUGCCAAUGCCGAUAACAAAUACGACUUUCACCCUGCUUCGGUUAAUCUCCUCGCUGAAGCACUGAAGCUGAUCUUCUGUGUGGUUAUGUCCAUUCGGGUCAUAGUCCGAGAGGGACGCUCGUGCAGUGAACUGGGAUUUUCUUCCACUACCUCUCUCCUUAUGUCUUUUAAAUGGGCCAUUCCUGCUUUUUUGUAUUUUCUUGACAACAUCAUCAUAUUUUACGUGAUGACAUAUCUGCAGCCUGCUAUGGCAGUUCUGUUUUCCAACUUUGUAAUCCUAACCACAGCUGUAUUAUUUCGAGUUGUUCUGAAGAGGCAGUUGUCCUGGGUCCAGUGGGCGUCUCUGGUGAUCUUGUUUCUCGCAAUCGUUUCCUUGACAACAGGCUCCGGGGGUAACCAGCACGCCAUCUCUGUCCACGGUUCGAUCCACGCGAACCCCCUCUCCGCUCCCUCCAACUCCUGCCUCCUCUACACUCAACUCCUGGAGCAAAUGAGGAACAGCAGUGCCAGCGAGUCGUGGGCGUCAGUGCUGCCUGCCCAGGAGUGGAGGAACAAAAUGGUGGAGAAACUGCGGACUUUCGGAGUGGGUCACAUCCUUCUCAUCCUCCAGUGCUUCAUCUCUGCUAUGGCCAAUAUCUACAACGAGAAGAUCCUGAAGGAAGGAGACCAGCUCACCGAGAGCAUCUUUAUCCAGAACAGCAAACUUUACGUCUUUGGGCUCAUUUUCAACGGUUUAACCCUGGGACUUGGAAGUGAGGCUCGAGGGAUCACUAUUCACUGUGGCCUCCUUCACGGACACAACGUUUUCUCCUUGGGCCUUGUGCUGGUCACUGCGGCUCUCGGUUUAUCUGUGGCCUUUAUCCUGAAGUUUCGGGACAAUAUGUUCCACGUGCUGACGGGCCAGAUCACCACAGUCCUGGUCACCGCCCUCUCCCUGUUCCUCUUCGAUUUCCGACCUUCGUUGGACUUCUUCCUUCAGGCCCCCAUGGUUCUGCUGGCUAUAUUUAUCUACAAUGCCAGUCGGCCCAGAGACCUCGAGUACAGUCUGCAGAAGGAAAAGCUCCGAGUCAUUAAUGGAGAGGUGUUUCAAAGGUCCAGAGGGGACGGAGAGGAGCUGGAGCUGUUGACCAAACCAAACACAGACAGUGAAACGGAAGAUGACUCUUUGUAGCAGAAGUCUGUCUUUUUUUUAUACUCGUGGAUUAAUGGGUGAAAACCAGUGACUUUUUUUGCACUUUUUGUUUACAUUUUGUUUUUGUUUCUAAAUGAUUGUGCCUGUCUCUUACAAAAUGCUGUUUUUACUAUGACCACUAGAUGAAGGAAUGUGUGUAUAUAUAAAUGGACAUUGCUAACCUGCUAGCCGCCGCGGUCCAAACAGGAAGUGAUCAUGGGCGCGCUUCCUGUUCCAUCGUCUGGCUCCAAUUCACUGGCCUCUCUAUAUGUAAGUGCUGCUGUCAGACUCGUUAUUUUGGUCUUAAAAUGUUCGUAUUAACCCGCUCUACAUCAUCCUGGGGGUUUUGUUUCACUUUUGUCUCUGUAAAUCAAGAUAUGAACAUUAAUAACAGACAAAUCAGGCGCCUUCUUGUCCCGAGGUCGCUCCCACUAGCGUUAGCAACAGGUUUGAUUGACAAAACCAGCGGUGCGAGUGGAAAAGGGGGCAUUAUUUUCGCUCCUGAUUGGCUCUUUGGUUGCUAUGAUACACGUGGUCGGUUCCAAAUUCGCCGCUAUAACCGCUCUAGCCUCGAUUAGCUUCAUUUGACCGGAGCCGAACGCUGCGGGUGACGUCGCACUCGCUCAGCAACAGUUCAAAUUCAAAAGCACAAUGUGAGUAUUAAGUAUUACGAUAAUGCAUCUGUCAUUCUGUUUUGUGCCAUGUAAUAACGAUAAUAAUGUUGCAUAAUACGAGUUCACAUCAUGUAUAAAACUAUAAACGUAAAAAACAAUAAACUGCUGCUAUGACAACCAAAACCGUUGUUGCUAUGGUCACAUGGGUCACAUUUUUAUACAGCGCUUUUCCACCUUCGAGACACUCAAAACGCUUUACGACAAUACACCAACGUACGCAGACAACUCCUCUUAUAUACGUUAAGGGACCGCCCCUUUAAGAGUAAUCAACCAAUCACAACAGAGAAAAAAUACAUUCAUAAUUAGGACUCAAAAGUAACCGCAGUAUUGUACAUAAUUCAUUUUGCUGUUGUGCUGAUAAAAGUGAAUGAAGAGUGAGACGUUGCCCAAAGACACAACAACAGUGGGAGAGUGGGAUUUGA